AUGAAUGUUAAAAGGUUGAAAGUCUCCUACCCCUCACCCUUUGGGAAAAUGCUGGAUCAGGCAAUCAAGUUAUCCCAGGAUAUGAAUCUCCGAAUUUCAGCACUGUCCACGCACUUUAAUAGGUUUUAUGCCAGUGGCCGAGGGUUUCACAACAGGAUCAUCAAAUGCCACACUUCUCCACUGUCUAGACCAGAAAAUAAGGAGCAAGCCCAAAAUACUGAAAUGGAAGUCCUACUGAAGUUGACACGCAGUCUAUUGCAAGCCUGGGUUAACCCACUGCACCAUCUGUGGGCUGAAAUGGGUGACAAGCUGGGAUACACUCCUCCUUACCUCACAAAAGCCCUGGAGAUUAAGGCUAUAAACACAAGGCUCCUAGAGGCCAUGAAGAGCAUCAUCCGAAAGGCUAAUUUUGCACUUGAAGAAAAUGUGAAGACCCCUGACUGGUCUGAAUUGGCAUCUUUGCAGUCGACCAAUAGAGACACUAGAUAUUUUGCCUUUUAUAACUUGUUUCACUGCUUGGGAAGUGACUCACGUGAUGUGGAAAUGUAUCUGAAGCUCGUAAAGUGCCAAAUGGUUCAAAGAAACUGCUAA